AGUGUCUAAUCUGAAUAUAGUUGCUGCCUACACAGAUGCGAGAAUAUUACACUAAUCGUUUUUUUCACACUACUUUGUUUCUAUAGGUAUACAUUUGGAUGUACUCUUGAAUGGCCGAUUUAACAUUAUAACGAUCGCGCAACAAAGCAAUGCCGAACGAAAAUGCGCCCGCAGCCAGUCCAGAUGAUAACAGUGAGCACGAACUGCAGCAGAAGGCUAAAGAGUUAGCAACAGCAUCUGAACAAAUGCUGGCAAGCGCCGUUGCCGGCUUAAAACUGAAGGAACCAGGGUCAGCGCCAAGCACAAGCAAUAGCAAUGAGAACGAGUCAGCAGCAGCAGCGGAUCAUUCAACGCUGGCCAAAAAUGGCGCCAAUAUAUCGUCAGAUUCUAGCAAGCAGGCACUGCUACAGGCGGUCACCGAUGCCGUGGCCCUCACCCGGCAACAGGCUAAGAAAUUUACAUUUUGGUCAACGCAACCGGUGCCAAAGCUGAACGAGAUGGUGACCACAAACGAGUGCAUCGAGCCAAACAAAGCGAUUGCCGAGAUACGCGCCGAGCCGUACACCUUGCCCAGCGGCUUUGUGUGGGUAACACUGGAUGUGAACGAUGCCAGCGACCUAAAGGAACUCUAUACGCUGCUGAACGAGAACUAUGUGGAGGACGAUGAUGCCAUGUUUCGUUUUGAUUAUCAGCCGGAGUUUCUGAAGUGGUCAUUGCAGCCGCCCGGCUGGAAGCGGGACUGGCAUGUGGGCGUGCGUGUGGAGAAGUCCAACAAACUGGUUGGCUUCAUUUCGGCCAUACCCAGCAAAUUGCGCGCCUACGAGAAGGUCCUCAAGGUGGUGGACAUCAACUUUCUGUGCGUGCACAAAAAGCUGCGCAGCAAGCGUGUCGCCCCGGUGCUAAUACGCGAGAUAACGCGACGCGUUAAUCUCAAGGGCAUCUUUCAGGCUGCCUAUACCGCUGGCGUGGUGCUGCCCACGCCGGUGUCCACCUGCCGCUACUGGCAUCGUUCGCUGAACCCCAAGAAGCUGGUCGAUGUGCGUUUCUCCCAUCUGGCACGCAACAUGACCAUGCAGCGCACCGUGAAACUUUAUAAACUGCCCGAUCAGCCCAAGACGAAAGGCUACCGCCGCAUCACCUCUAAGGACAUGGACAAGGCGCACAAGCUGCUCGAAGAGUAUCUGAAACGUUUCUCCAUGUGCCCGGUGUUCACCAGAGAGGAGUUCCGUCAUUGGUUCACACCCAAAGAGGGCAUUGUCGAUUGCUUUGUUGUCGUUGACGAAAAGGGCAACAUUACCGAUCUGACUAGCUACUACUGUCUGCCAUCGUCUGUGAUGCAUCAUCCCGUGCACAAGACUGUUCGCGCCGCCUACUCAUUCUACAACGUGUCCACGAAGACACCCUGGCUGGAUCUGAUGAACGAUGCUCUGAUCUCGGCGCGCAACGUUCAGAUGGAUGUCUACAAUGCCCUCGAUCUGAUGGAGAACAAGAAGUUCUUUGUGCCGCUCAAGUUCGGUGCCGGCGACGGUAACUUGCAGUACUAUUUGUACAACUGGCGCUGCCCGUCCAUGCAGCCUGAGGACAUUGCAUUGAUACUCAUGUAGGAGGCGUACGGCGUACCAUCCAAGACCCGCAACCAAAAUGCACUAUUCGCACGCUAAAAAACAAAAAAAAGAAACAAAACUUGUUCACAUUCUCGCCGAAUUCACGUUUAUUUCAAUUCCCCGCUCCUGGUCUUAAAAGUCUAACUUUAGUUAUUGAAUUAAGUAUAUAGGCAAAAAUCGCGCUCGCUUACGCUCUGAUAUUUUGCAUCUUGUAAUUCCUCGUUUAACGAAUUCUGUGUACUACACGCAUACAUUAGAAUUUUUGAUUUUGUUUCCAAACGUUUCCAGUGUCAUGUGGAAUGCAUUUUUCUUUUGCAAUUGCUAAGCUUGAAUACUAUUAAAAACAAAAACGAAUAAACUGAAUAAAACCAAA